UUAUAUUAUAUUUUUUCUUGUGAGAUGGGCCGAGCAAUAUGUAGAAUAUAGAUGCAUGAUAGGUUAUUGUUGAGAUCACGGAAGGCUCAGGCCUCUCUCUGAAAGGGCUACGACAGGCCCGUUCAAACUUCAAACCCUAACCAGAAAAUCCUCUCAAAACUCUCGCGCGCUUCACGAAAAAUUAUCCACAGAAGUAGACGUUCCGAUGGUCAGCAACGGCUCUCUCUCUCUCUCUCGUUCGUAAUUUCUUUUUCAGGACUCACACCGUCGGAUGAGAUUGCUUGAAGCUAUUGAAGAGGGCUGUUGAAAGGAGAGAGACGAGCAACCGCCUAAGCCAAUUUGCUUCUGGUGACCAAGUUUUGCACAGGAGACGAUCUGGCUUCGCUUCGCAUGUUUUAUGAUGCAGUCGGUAAUCGUUUUCUUGAUCGUAUUCUCGUGACAGGUACUCUCGUCCACCAUGAAACCUAAGUUUCGUACCUCUUUUGAGAUUCUACGAGCAGGUACACGUUGCCACCAUAAAAAAUUUAGGUUGUUCCAUUAAUCCAUUUUAUUGUGCAUGGAUUUGUGACUUUCAUGUUCGGUCGAUUUGUUGUUUGAUAGGGUUUCUGAUUUUAAAAUGCCAAUUUUUAAGGGUUUGCCCGUUUAGGGUGUUGGGAGGUGUUGGGGGGUGUUGGGUUGGGAGGUGUUGAGAAGUGUUUGUACCAACCGUCCUGAACGCCUCAAACAGUCAAGGGUUGGGAGGUGUUUGGGACGAACCCAAUCCUCCCCAACACCUCCCAACACCCUAAACGGGUAAGCCUUAAACAGUUAAAAGCGUUAAAAAUUGUACGAUUUUAGAUAUUGUAGGAUUUUGCAAACAAAAUUGUGCGAAAUUUUGUUCCAGUUGCAAUUCCAUUGAUUUAACCAUGUUUUGCAAGUUCAAAUCGUAAGAUGAUUUUACAAUUUGAAUCGUGAUUUUAACUACCUUGAAUUGAAAAGAUAAUCAUUCAUAAGGCUCAAUUUAUCCUUUAGUUGAGAGACUCAUCUAGAAAGCUUACUGAAUCCAAUUCCAUUUUGUCCGUCUACUUGUUGGAAACUAAUUGAAGUGGCAUUAUUGAGCGUAUAUAUGUAUAUACAUUUACAGGAAACUAGUGUGUGUAUACCUAUCGCUUCUUUUGGGGAAGCAAGUUGGCAAUAAAUACUAUCAUUUUAUCAAACAUUUUUGCAGCAUGUCCUCUUUUGAAAAUCUUGGUCAUUUCUUUAGGGUUGUCUGUCUCAUACCAGAUGUCUGAGGCCAUGUAUAUUAGUCAUUAUUAGAAGUGUGUUUUUUAAUAAAUGAGACUUUUGAUACUCAUGGUAUAUCAUGUAUAGGGAAACUUCUUGAUGAGAGAACUUUUCAAUGGUGAUCAAGGCACUGAACGAGACAGUUUACGUUGUUCUUGACUAUCUGCAAGAUGCAAAGCUUUGAUUCUACAUGAGCAUGGAAGUGAUCUACUCGUCUCGGUGCGAGUUAUUGGGAGCUAUCUUGCCUAAACACCAAUUGCUUGCGAGGAGAAGGUCACAGAAGUACUGGUAUAUAUAUGCUUUCCGUUUAAGACAAAGAUGAACCCAGGGGAUAUUGAUGGUCUAUCGAUCAUUGUGAUGGCUUCAAGCCUUUGUGCUAGAAUAUUGGAUUUUACAUCAGAGGUGGCGUUUCUUAAUCAUCCUAGUUUUGGCCAUCUCUCCCUUUAUAUUCUGUCUCGCCUCUUGGUUAAGAAGUUUGGCACAUGGGCAGACUCAUUGCAGGAGAGCUCUGAUGAUGCUCUAGCAGAGUUGGACCUUUUGGAGAUAGUGGUAUCAGCCUACUAUUCUUGGGGGACUGAUAGAUGCCAAUCUAUAACGGAGGCAGUUGAGGGUGGGUUGGAUGAAGUGAUACUCGCUCGGGGAUUGGAAUCAACUUAACCCAUGUGUGUAAUCAUUCAUUGAUUUUGUAAUUUCUUCUCCAUCACGAUAAUUUAUUGAAUAGCUAUGUUAUAAUUCGACUGCUACGCUAGCAACAUUUGCUGUGGCGA